CUUGUCAUUGUUGUGUUCGUCAUCCUUUGUUUGUCGUUUUCGCCUUAAAAAAGCCGUCUGUUCAGUCUUAUUCAACCUACAAAUCAAUACACACACAAACUCAACACAAACUCCUACUCGCAGAACAAUGACCUCUCUGCCAAUCAAGCGCGUCACCCUGUUCAAAUCGAACGUCGGGUUCUACGAGCGGGUUGGAACGGUGACGGACAACGCGCAACUCUCGCUCGCCUUCUCGCGCGCCGACCUCGGCCGCGUCGUCAAGAGCCUGACCGUGCUCGAUCUCGGUGAGCAGGAGCACGGCGCGACUGCCGCCUUCGCAGACCCCGUGCCCGUGUCGAGCAUCAGCUUUGACGCCAAUACGACCGAUUCGGAGAUGCUCGGCAAUCCGCUCUACCAGAAGCUCUCGCGCACCUCGAUGAGCUUUGGCGGCCUGCUGUCCGAGCUGCGCGGUGUGCAUGUCGAGCUUGGCCUCGAGGGCGCGGCGGAUGCGCAGUCCGGCAUGGUCGGUGGCGUCACUGAGGAGCGGUACACGUCAGUGGAUGGCAUUGAGGGCGUUCGACACCUCAGCGUUCACCUCUUCAAUCCGGUCGUCGGAAGCAUUGUCAACGUGCCGAUGGGCAAGAUCACCCGCGUGCGCAUCCUCGACGACCAAGUGCGCAACGACUACCAGCAGUACCUCGACGCCAUGCUGCGCCAGUCGCCCAAGGACAUGAAGCAGGUCUCGGUCAUUUGCAAGGGCAAGGGCAAGCGCACGAUUCUUGCCAGCCAUGUCAGCGGCGCUGUCGAGUGGCGCUCCACGUACCGCUUGCUCAUCAACUCGAUCAAGCCGACCGAGAAGGGCAAGGAAAAGUCAAGCCCGAGCCAGCGUUGCCACCUGCAGGCGCUCGCGCUCGUCGACAACAAGACGGACGAGGAUUGGCAGGAUGUGCAGCUGUCGCUCGUCUCGGGCAUCAUUCACGUCCUGAGCGACGAUCCCUCUGGUGCCACCAAGAACGUCAAGCAGGUUCCGCGCUCCACCUAUCAGCUGUUCAUCAAGACGCUCACGGGCAAGACAGUCACUGUCGAGGCGUCAGCUCGGGAUACCCUCGAAACAAUCAAGGCCAAGAUCCAGGACAAGGAGGGCAUUCCUCCGGAUCAGCAGCGCCUGAUCUUUGCGGGCAAGCAGCUCGAGGACGGCCGCACUCUUUCGGAAUACAACAUCCAAAGCGAGUCGACACUGCACCUGGUUCUCCGUUUGCGUGGUGACUCGGGCAGCUCAACUGGAGCCUCGUCAUCCUCAUCAAAUGUUCCUUCCGCGUCGAUGCCAGUUGAGAUGGAAGAUGCCGAAGCCCGCGCGUUGGGCGACACGGACUUGCAAGUGUUCAACCUGAGCGAGUCAGUCAGCAUCAAGCGCUACCAGAGCGGUAUCGUACCAAUGUUCUCUCGGGAAGUCGAGUGCAUGCGUGUGGUGGUGUACAACAAGCGAGUUCGUGUGUCGUCGCCCAUGAACGCUGUCAACUUUGUCAACUCGACCGGCCUUCCCCUGGAAGGCGGCGCAAUCAGUGUGCUUGAGGACGGCAACUACAUCGGUGAGGCUCUGCUCAUGCAGCUCAAGCCGCAGGAACGCCAGCUGGUUUGCUUUGCCGUGGAAACGGCCAUUUCUGUGUCGAGCUCGGAAGAGCACAAGGAAUCCCACGUCAACCGCAUUCACUUCCGCCACUCGAGCGACACCUCUGUGGAUGUCAGCUCGGCCAAGGCCAACCGCCUCAUGCUCGUUCACAAGGACAUCAAGACCACCACGUACAAGAUUCGCAACAACAGCGAUCGUACCUUUGCUACCUUCUACCUGGACCACGCCCUCGAUCCCAACUACAUUCUCACCAGCCCUGUGGAGAAGGUGUUGAAGCAGACGGCCACUGUCCUCCACAGCCUUCCCCAGCGCAUUUGCAUCAGUCUCGGCCCUCGUGAGGUGUUGGAGCUUCCGGUUGUCGAGGAGAGCGAUGUGGAGCGCAUUGAGGUUGUCGGUUCUCGCAUGACUGAGGAGGCGCUGGAUCUCUACGUGAAGGCCAAGCUCAUCACCUCGGACGCUCGCAAGGAUUUGCAGCACACGCUCACUCGUACGGCGUGCAUCCAGGCUUUGAACGACAUCCAACUGUCGCAGACCUGGCUCGACAACGCGAUCAAGAAUCGGUUUAUCGGUUCGGACGAGCAGAAGCGGUUUGCGGAAGUGCUUGUCGUCAAUCGCAAGCUGGAAGCCACCACCGCGUCCAUUGCCGAUGCCGAGCGGGUGGUCGAGGAGAUUUUCAAAGACCAGACGCGUCUGCGCGACAACGUCAAGGCGCUCGAGAAGCUGUCUGGCUCGAGCAACAGUCUGCUUGACCGGUAUCUCAAGGAGAUGACGAUUGGCGAAGACAGCCUGGCGUCUGCCCGCACAGUCAUUGCUCGCUGCAAGAGCGAGAAGGUGGCGCUGGAGCAAGACAAGGCGAACAAGUGGAAGGAGGUGCGACGCGUUCUGACUGAGCGCCUCUCUGCGCUUCAAAAGGAAGCUGAGCUGUGAUGAUGCGUGAAUUCUUGUUGCUUCAGUGCUGAAUGAAUACACAAUCCCGUUCCCA